CUUAUUUUGUGUUGAUUAUAAGCGGCGGUUGGUCGUACGUCGGUCGAAUCGGAAAGAAACGAAGAGAAGGCGACAAACAAAAAGUAAAGUGCAGCGACUGGCAGACAAGUUAAAAGGGCAUACAAUUAUAUGUAAGAAACAACGCAAAUGUUUAACAAUAAUUAGCACUGGUUGAACAAUCAAAAAACUACACUUUUCGCGAGGUGCGCAGAGCGAAAGGAAAAUCAAAGUGGAAAAUCUAAUAUACAAAAAAAAAAAAAGAGCCAAAUUGUUGUUAACAGAGUGUGAGCGUGUAUGUGCGAUAGUUGUUGUUUGGUUAGUAAAAGAGAAAAUCGGAAAAAGGGCGUCGCAGUUUGAAAAUUGAUGUGUGCAUAAAAAUCAAGCUGCAGCAGCCAAAAAAAAAAGGGAGAGAGACAGAGAGCGUAGAGAGCGGAGAGAGAGAGCGGGUGGCUGCACCUCAAAAACUGUUGUUGCAAAGUCAGCGAAAUCGUGGUCAUUGAAUGGCAGUUUGCAAUAAUGGACUCCACGCCUAAUGCGGCCCUUAAUCCGAACCAUAAUCGGGAUUUCCUAACACUGCAGCCUCUGCGUCCGUCUCGCGGAUCCAGCUCCAAUCUGCGCUCUAGUCGCUCACCCUCAGCCAGCCGAAGCACCGAGCAAAUGUCCCGGGAGCGAGCCAGCGAGGCAGCGGCAGCCACACAGACAGCAGCAGCGACAGGGACGAGUGCCACAUCCGCCGGAGUAUCGGGAGUAUCGGGAGGAUCGGGAGGAGCAGGGACUGUGGCAGCGACGACAACGGCGACUGGGGGUACUGGCGGUACUGCCGGGUCGGGAGCAGCCUCCGCGAACACGAACAGCAAUUCCUCGGCCUCAUCCAGCACAGUGGCAGCUGCACAGGCGGCUGUCUACAGCGGCGGCAACACGGUGACCGGCAGUUUGGGCAGCGGCGGGGUGGUGGCUCGUGGUUUCCGCAGCCACAGCCCCACCCAUCGGCGGCGGAGUCGCGAGCGCCAGCGACGCACUCAUGGCUCCGAUCAGGGCGGCCUGCUGGCCUACAGCGGUCUCGUCGGCGUGAACGACAUGACGGAUUUCCUGGGGCCACAGCAAGGUGGCGGCGGCGGCGGCGGCGGAGGAGGCGGUGGUGGAGGAGGUGGCGGUGGAAGCGCCGGCACCGGCAGCGGCCUGGAGGACUCCCGACUGUCCGGCAACGAGGACUACUACUCCUCCUUCGUGUCGGACGAGUUCGACAGCAGCAAGAAGGUCCAUCGCCGCUGCCACGAACGCAGCUCCAGCGUCCAGGCCAUAGACCGGUUGAACACAAAAAUCCAAUGCACCAAGGAGUCCAUCCGACAGGAGCAAACUGCCAGAGAUGAUAAUGUCAAUGAGUAUCUGAAGCUGGCAGCCAGCGCAGACAAGCAGCAGCUGCAGCGUAUCAAGGCUGUCUUUGAGAAAAAGAACCAGAAGAGCGCACACAACAUUUCGCAGCUGCAAAAGAAGCUGGACAACUACACAAAGAGGGCCAAGGACCUGCAGAAUCAUCAGUUCCAGACGAAGAGCCAGCACCGUCAGCCGCGCGAAGUCCUGCGGGACGUGGGCCAGGGACUCCGCAAUGUGGGGGGCAACAUCCGUGAUGGCAUCACCGGCUUCUCGGGAUCCGUGAUGUCCAAGCCGCGGGAGUUUGCGCAUCUGAUCAAGAACAAGUUUGGCAGCGCCGACAACAUCAACCAGAUGAGCGAAGCCGAGCUGCAGGGCAUGCAGUCCGCAAACGCCGACGUCCUGGCGGGCAGUGAGCGACUGCAGCAGGUGCCAGGAGCCGGAACCUCAACGGGAUCGGGGGGCGGCGGACAGAACAACAAUAUAGGCGGAGCGGGAAGCGGUACGGGAAAAUUCAACAGUGACAAUGGCAGCGAAUGCAGCAGCGUGACCAGCGAAAGUAUACCAGGAGGGUCGGGCAAAAGCCAGUCGGGUGCCAGCCAAUACCACAUAGUGCUCAAGACAUUGCUAACAGAGCUGGCCGAGCGAAAGGCCGAGAACGAGAAGCUUAAGGAGCGCAUGGAACGGCUGGAGACGGGCCAAAAGGAAUUCAACAAUCUGACCGCCACACUCGAAAGUGAACGCUAUCGUGCCGAGGGACUCGAGGAGCAAAUCAAUGACUUGACGGAAUUACAUCAGAAUGAAAUUGAGAAUCUGAAGCAAACGAUUGCCGACAUGGAGGAGAAAGUACAAUACCAAAGCGAUGAAAGACUACGUGACGUCAACGAAGUGCUCGAGAACUGUCAAACGAGGAUAUCGAAAAUGGAGCACAUGUCGCAGCAACAAUAUGUCACCGUCGAGGGCAUUGAUAAUUCCAAUGCACGGGCCCUGGUUGUGAAACUCAUCAAUGUGGUAUUAACGAUACUGCAAGUGGUUCUCCUGCUUGUGGCCACCGCUGCUGGCAUCAUAAUGCCUUUCCUGAAAACGAGGGUUCGCGUUCUCACCACAUUUUUGUCGAUUUGUUUUGUCAUCUUUGUGAUACGACAGUGGCCUGAUGUUCAGGAUAUUGGAUCCGGCCUAGUGCGCCAUCUCAAACAAUCGCUGGUGGUCAAGUGAGCUAGGUCUGGUUGGUAGCCACCAUCUCAUCUACCGAGUAGUUUAUACGUUAUUUAGUUAGCCUAAGUUAUAGAGUGCAUAUUUGUAUAUAGAUUAUCGAUAUCGAUUAUAACAAUUAUUUUAAACUGAAAUUGUAUCAAUUAUCAAUGCGAACACACACUCUCGAGAAACUGUACAAAAGAUUCAUACGCAUACGUCUUUAUCACACGCCUAAUCAUCACAACACACUCUCGCAUAAAAUUUAGCAAAAUUGAUUUAAACUAUGUAAUAACUUAAAAAUGCUGACAUGUCUCCGUGCAUUACUCAACUAUAUUUGAACAUACAUAAUUUAUGUAUAACCUAUAUAAAAUAUUUACAUUACUAUAAAACAAUUGAAAUUAUUUAAUAUAAAAGUUUGUAUAA